AUGACCUCAUUAGGUGGGGACUUUUGUACCCUAUGUUAUGAUGAUGACGGAUCAUUUACAGAAGCUGUCACAUGGUGCACAAAAUGCGAGGUGCUCCUAUGUACAGACUGUGAAAAACAACACACAAAGUCAAGAACAUAUAAAGACCAUAAAACCAUGUCAAUUAAAGACUACCAUAAAUUACCAAAAUUAAUGCUAGAAAUCAGUUGCCAGUGUCGAGAUCACAAGAAAAAGUUUGAACUUUAUUGUGCUUACCAUGACUGUCCCUGCUGUGUCACAUGUAUCACAGAUACACACAACAAAUGUCAAGAUCUGAAACCACUGUCAGAUAUCCUGAAGCAAGUUAAAUCAUCUGCAUCUGUACAACUUUGCGAAAAAGAUUUGAAUAAUGUGAAGGAAAAUUUAGAGGAGAUUAUAAAAUAUUUACUCAGGAGGAUUGAUGCAAACAAUAAUCAGAAAACAAAAGCUGCUGAGCAAGUUCGAUCAAUGAGAAAGUCAAUAGAUGAUUUCUUGAACAAAUUAGAACAAGAAAUUUUUUAUGACCUUGAAUCAAAGCAUUCAAAGCUAAAAUCUAAGACGAACUUCUUACUACAACAAGUCACACAGAAAGCCAAUGAGAUCAGCCAAUUACAAAACGAGUUUUCUAAAAUGUCACAAUCUGCAACUGAGCUACAAAUGUUUAUUGGUCUGAGAGAAAUUGAGAAAACUACUUCCAAAGUUGCAAAAUACAUAGACGAAUUAAAAAGUGGAGACAAUUUGGAGGAAAAGAAGUUAGAGGUAAGAAGUUCAUCCGCCCAGCAAACCAUUUUGCAAGAUGUCAAAUCGUUUGGUGAUAUCAACAUAAAUACCAGUCAAUCUACUCUCCGAAUUAAACCCGGAAGAAAAAAUCAAGCACAGAACUUAGUAGCAACUGUUCCUAGAAUUGAAAAAAUUAAACCAUCAAUGUUGAGAACUCUGCGAAUUCCAGAAGAUAUGAAAUAUAUGUAUUUCAAUGUUUGCCGGAUAUUACCUGAUGGAAAGUAUCUAACUCUUAACCAUCAAAGUUGUACAAGUCAUAGCCUCCUGCUAUUUGAUAAUGAUGGCAUCUUUGAAAGAAAAGUAAUUACAUUCACAGAAUAUAUUCAUGAUGCUUGCUUUGUCAGAAAUAAUAUAGUGGCUGUCACAUUAGGAUCAGAAAACCAGACAGCCCUGGUGGAUAUAGAAAAGAAUACAACUAUUCAAACAAUUAAACUGUCUCAUUCCUGUUGUGGAGUAGCAAGUGAUGGUCGCAUAUUGAUGAUCAGCAAUGCUGAGAAAAGUUCUAUUGUUAAUCUGAAUGAUGAGACUCAAACAAUCUUAGAAGAAGUUGGAGCAACAGGUUUGUCAUUAUUUGGAGGAAAUAUCUAUGCUACCGUUUUCUCUGACAACAAAGUCUGCUGCUACAAAGAAACUGGAGAACCUCUGUGGACAUUUCAUCAUCAUGACAUUGAAAGUCCAGAAGAAAUUGCAGUAGACAAGCAUGGCUUUGUUUAUACAAUUUCCCGUGGAAACAACAACUUCUUGGUAAUAUCACCAGAUGGUAAAACCUGUAAGACAAUACUAUCAGAAGUUGAUGGAAUAAAUUUUCCUGUCGCAAUAGACAUACACAGAGAAAAGGGAAAGAUGAUUGUGUCAAGUAAAUUAAAGGAAAUAGGUGGUGAAAAUGAUGAUUGGGAUUAUAAAAUGUAUCAAACAGCUAUAAUUUAUAAAAUCUGA